ACUACAUGCAGCUGCCAACGUAAAAGGCACGUGGAGUCUUACCACCCCGCGGCAGAUGUGUAACGCAUUUCUAUUGCCCCUAAGUAAGCUUUCCUGUCAUACGUCAGGGGCCGCGUCUCGGAGUAUAUAGACGCGUGUUAUCAUCAGUCUUCGUUAGUUUAGAAGCUAGACGCACCACGACUGUAUUGAGUAGCGCUUUUUGUGCAUGUGCUCUCGAGUGUAGCAACGAGCUCAUAGCGUAGCGAUAGUCACUAGAUCUUUUUUCAAGUUUUUGAAAGGUUUAAGCCACAGUUAUUCAUUUAUGAAACUGAACGGCGUAGGAACAACUGAAGUACUUAUGGUUUUGGCUGAUAUAGCAAUACGGAAACUUCCAAUUGUAUUAUGAUGGAAUACAAAUUUUGUCAGCCAAAUCUUUUGGCUCUAGCAAGGACACUGGUCAGUUUUCUUUUAUUGCUUCAGUCUGUUUCAUGUUCCUUGGAUAGUUUUGCGCCAUCUGAACUAAACAGUGUGACAAAUAUGUUGAAAGAACUCAAGUCAGAAGUGGAGACUCUGCGUGAGGCCCGCCAUCAAGAUAAGGCUUUUAUCAAAGUACUAGAACAACGUGUAAACUGGUUGGAGAGAUCCACAGCUUCAUCUCAACAUCCUACUUUACAGCCUCCACUUGUCACUCCACCGCAUUUGAAAAUCCUCGACAAGUCGGAGUCUCAUCAUCAUUAUAAAGGGAGUUCGAAAGCACAUCAUCACCAUCAUGUCCGUGCUAGUCGUACACACGGGACGGUCCGUAGCCUCGAGAAGGAACAUCGGGUUUUAGGCAGGUUGGAAAGUCAGCUUCGGCAGCUCCAACGAGAUCUCGCCGAGAUUGUAGCCGUCAAAGAAAGAGAGGUCGGUGUCACAGAAGAAGCUGGAGAUUUGAGGCUGGAGACUGAGCUCCUCCGUACAGAAAUCCGCCGACUCCAGCAGAAUCUGAAUAGCUUACGGGCCGACAGAGAGCAUGACCAGGAGACUUUGGCUCCACUCCGUGUGAAUCAAGCCACUAACAAAUGGCUGCAAAAGACUGUUGAACAUCUCCGAUCAGAGAUCGGGGAACUGGCGGCAACCCUGAACGUUUCGGCCUCACUGAACCGGUGGCACACCUUCGAGUCGACAGUUGCACUUCUAAAGUCUGAUUUCGUUGCCCUUCAAAAAGAAGUUGAAGCACUUCAGGCGCUACAUAUGAAAGACGCAGCUUCAGUAGAUCAGCUCCAAGAAGAAGUGAAGGAUCUGAGAAGUCUGUCUCAAAAACUCUCCGUCAACUAUCAGCACCUUUCUGAGGAGGUCGCCUCCCUCAAAGACGAAGAAGAGAUUCAAGCGGCUAAUAGACGAUCCGUCUCAAGGAUUUCCCCUCACGAGGAAAAAAACACAAAUGAAGUAAUGACCAGAAGAACCUCAGCAAGUGUUACAGAAGAUAAUGGUUCUACCAAAAGAGACCAUCAUUUCAGUGGCUUCCAUAAGUCAGGAAUAUUCCAUCGAACACAUCGCCACAGACACGUGAAAAAAGAGUUAACUAUGAUGCAGAAAACCAUGGAAGCAAUUGAAAAGAAACAAGCUAAAAUUCAACGGGAUAUUCACUGGAUGAAGAAAAACUAUACAACCAUGAGUUCUAAUGUUCACGCCCUUUCACGCACUACCAGUCUUCUUGAGAACCAAAUUCCGAGUUUUAAAAAACAACAGUUUGAUAUGCAUAGACAAAUGAAAGAAAAUAAUGGUAUAAGUGAAAGCCUACAUCAGGAAAUUCGGGCCACUAAGAAAGAACUUAAGAACAUCACUCAGACCAUAGAGGUUGUAGAGAAGCUUCAUUCCUCUUCACUUAGACUUUUCGAAGCUCUCGAAACCAUGGAAGGUCGAUUCGACAAAAGCAUCCAUGAUCUCCAAAAAGAAGUUUCCAAGUCUGAUUUCAAUCUUGGUCAGUUGCAAUCUUCUUUUGAAAUUAUUCGUGAGGACCAAAAUGAUCACUACGAAACACUUAAGACACUGAAUAAAGAUUAUUCGAUCCUAAAAAUGGAAGUCCAAAGAGAUCGUUACAAGGUUCUGGCUCUUCAGAAUGAGGUUCUUAACCAGUCUUUGCAGGAAUGCAAAACUAAUAAUGAGGAAAUUCUAAAAGAAAUGAAAUUGACGAACCUUGAUAACAAAAUUGGAAAACUACAAACACAAAUCAAUGAUAACCAGUUAAAAGUUGAUGCCUUGUACACCCAAGUUAAGACAAAAAUUGAUACCACCUCUCUUUCGGCUUGGAAUGAACGCCACGAAGAGUUGAAACAAGGAAUACACAAUAUCUCAUCAUCGAUACCACAGAUAAAGUCCUACUACUCUGAUUUAAAGAACGAAAUUUCAAAAUUUGUGAAUUUAUUACCAAAAGAUUGCUCUAUGAAACAGGUAACCAUGCCAACAGCAGAGCGCAAGAGUGGCGUGCAUCUGAUCCACCCUGAAGGUGUUGAGUAUGCUGUCCCUACUUAUUGCGACAUGGAUACUGACGGUGGAGGUUGGACAGUAAUUCAACGAAGAGAGGACGGAUCAGAAGAUUUCUACCGUGACUGGGAAGACUAUAAACGUGGAUUUGGAGAACAAUCGGGAGAAUACUGGCUAGGAAAUGAGGUUAUCCAUCACAUGACCACCAUGGACAAUUACACUUUGCGAAUGGACAUGUGGGAUACGUUUGGCCACUACAAAUUUGCUGAGUACGAGAUAUUCAUUGUGGCUAACGAAACUGACAAUUACCGCCUGGUGAUUGGUGGUUACCAUGGAAACGCCAGUGAUGCGAUGGAAAAUCACAAUGGGAUGGCUUUCAGCACCAAAGACCGCGAUAACGACGCGAGUAGCACCCACUGCGCAGUGUACUAUUCUAGUGGCUGGUGGUAUAAUCACUGUCAGUACGUCAACAUUAAUGGCCGAUAUAACAUCGGACUCACGUGGUACGAUAUUGACCAACACGAGUGGGUGCAACUUACUAAGGUUGAGAUGAAGUUAAGACCCUCGAAAAUAAGUUAUUUGUAGGAAUGAAGUUCAGAAAUUACAUUAAUUAAAGAACAAAGAAAACAGAUGGCGUCUUGGAUAAGAACUUUGGUGUAUCACGCUGAUUAUUCCUCAACAAUAAAUAUAAAUUAGUCAUGAGAAAUUGUAUAAUAAAAGUCUUAGAAUUGUGUAAGUGUGUAAGUUUCUACCAAAUUGAUCGUGAGCUGUGAAAGUUUCUCGUGCCAAGUUGCACUUGUUCAAUAGCUCCAUUGAUACGCUAUUUUUGGAACACUGCCGAAUUUUAUCUUAUUUACCUUUUUAUUCAAGAUUUGUUUUGUAGGUGCUUAUAAACGAUUGAGACAUAGUCAUUGUACAUAGAAGCUUUAAAAAUAUUGAUGUUUUCAAUCAUUUCUUGAAGUUCCUUAGAAACAGUCAAUGUGUUGUCCAAGUUUUCUGAUAAUUUCUUAGCCUUUUUGAAUGCAAAAGUUCUUGUACUUAUAUUUAUUUUUUUAACUGAGACCUAGCUGAAAAAUAAUUACAAUUAUAAUACAGUGCUAAAACUUCGUAACCUCUAUUGGAUAUUUUUCUGUGUGGAGAAACACAUUACGAAAUAUCGGCGUUUAUUCAGUUUAACCACAGUUAUAACGUUUUCUUAUAGCACUAUCCGUACAGACACCACAUCUGUAUCUUCGUAAACUAAAUUUCAAACAAUUAAAUAAGACGUAUUGAUCUUAAUUCUGGUUGUUGUGAAAGGAUCAGAUGAAACGCUUUACGUCUCUCAACUUCUGUUUGCUAUUUAUUUCCGUAAUUAUUCUUCAUUCUCC